CACCCGUGACCUAUCGCUCUGUCAACGAUUCUCUGAUUCAUCUUCACUUUAAUGGUCCCACCGAUAAACAAGUUGUAUAUAAAACCAUGACACAAGCCAAAGCCAAUUUAUGUAGUUCCAAAUAACAUUUUUCUUUCGUUGUUAGUUACAUUCUAUCUAAUUAAGAAUGAUGUCAAACAUGAAUUUCAUUUUGUAUGUUUUAGUACUUGUUCUUGUUGUUCAAAAUCCUAGUGUAACAGAAUGUCAUACCAAGGGAAUUAGACCAAAGCCUUCAAGAGGGAUUGGAAUAUCAACCAAUAUGACACAAGUGGAAGAAUCAGAACAACAAUUCAUGAAAUGGGUGAAAUUUGUUGGUGGUCUCAAACACACUGUUUUUGGGACAGCAAAAAAUAAGCUUUUUCCUUCUUACACUUUGAAUGUUUAUAAACAAUCUGGUAAAGGAGGGUUUUCAUCGAUUCAAGCUGCUAUUGAUUCUCUUCCUUUCAUCAAUUUAGUGAGAGUUGUUAUUAAGGUUCAUGCAGGGGUUUACACAGAGAAAGUGAAUAUUCCUGCUUUAAAAGCGUUCAUAACAAUAGAAGGAGCAGGUGCAGAUAAAACAAUUGUUCAAUGGGGUGACACUGCUCAAACUCCUAAUCCUGCUGCUAAAGGCCAAACACUAGGAACCUAUGGUUCUGCAACUUUUGCAGUUAAUUCACCUUAUUUCAUAGCAAAGAACAUGACAUUCAAAAACACUGCACCAGUUCCAGCACCAGGAGCAGUUGGAAAACAAGCAGUGGCAUUGAGAAUUUCAGCAGAUACAGCAAUAUUUGUUGGAUGUAAAUUCUUAGGAGCACAGGACACAUUGUAUGAUCAUUUGGGUAGGCACUAUUACAAAGAUUGUUAUAUUGAAGGCUCUGUUGAUUUCAUAUUUGGCAAUGCACUGUCUCUUUUUGAGGGGUGUCACGUGCAUGCAAUAGCAAUAAACACAGGAGCAUUAACAGCACAAGGAAGGAGCAGUUUAUUAGAAGACACGGGAUUCUCAUUUGUUCACUGUAAGGUCACGGGAUCAGGAGCACUAUACCUUGGAAGGGCUUGGGGUCCAUUUUCUCGUGUUGUCUUUGCUUACACAUACAUGGACAAUAUCAUCAUUCCCAAAGGAUGGUAUAAUUGGGGUGAUCCCAACCGUGAAAUGACUGUAUUCUAUGGACAAUACAAAUGCACGGGACCAGGAGCUAGCUAUGCAGGGAGGGUAUCAUGGUCAAGGGAGCUCACUGAUGAAGAAGCUAAACCUUUUAUUUCACUUAGCUAUAUUGAUGGCUCUGAAUGGAUUAAUUCUUUCUUUUGAUUUUAGAGAAAAUUAUAUUCAUUUUCUCUUCUGAUCUAUUUUUUUAUCAAUAAUAAAUAAAUAAAUAUAUAUGUAUAUAACAACAAUUUCAUAGUGCCUUUCAGAUUCUCCGUUCUCUGUCUCUUGAUUUAGUAUCUAAAUAAACCUAUUUAAGCUAUGGUUGUCCUUUUGUUUUAAA